AACAAACCAGAAGUUUCCGCAGCUCCAAAUAAAAGCAACCUCCUCCCCUCCUCAUUACCUCACCAUCGAUCGAUCAAUUAAUUAAAACUAACAAAAUACAAUUAAUUUGCCCAGCAACCAUAUAAACUGUUAAUUAUAUAUUUCAUCGCAUCAAAAAACCACAAGCGAACAAUGAGCGGCGGAGUAUCGAUUUCAGGGGAGGUGGAUUUGGGUGGGUUAGUGAGCCACCUGCUGGACGACGUCGUUCCUGCAGCUGAUGCUGUUGGGAAAAUAAUGUUUCCUAAUCGUUCUACUUCUACUAGUCAUCCUGAUCAUCAUCAUCACUCUUCGGUCGCCAACAACAAAAUUAUUCCUGUCGACAUUUUGGACACUCCUAACCAACUCAUUGUCUACUUGGAUCUCCCUGGUGUUUCCAAAUCCGACAUUCAGGUGACUGUGGAAGAAGAGAACAUAUUGGUGGUGAAAAGUAAUGGCAAGAGGAAGCGGGAUGACGACGAAAUUAAUGGUGAACAAGGAUGCAAGUAUUUGAGGCUCGAAAGGAGGUUACCUCAGAACCUCGUGAGGAAAUUCCGGCUACCGGAGAAUUGUGAUGUCUCCAAGAUCACUGCAAAGUGCGAAAACGGGGUGUUGACUCUGGCGGUGGAGAAGCUUCCUCCCCCACCUAAAUCCAAGACUGUUCAAGUCUCUAUUUCUUAAUUACCGUACAAAUGUAUUUUGUUUCAACUACUAGUAUUAUUGUUGGGAUUUGCAUACAUGUUUUUGUGUUAGUAAGGGCUAUGUUUUUCUUGUAUGGCAAAUGGUUGUUUAAGUAUAAAAAUGGUCGGUCAUUUUUGAGUAAA